AACGGCGAAUCAUCAACGCAUCGUCGCCGCAGUCAGGUUUCUUUGCUUUUACGUGCAGUGAUAAAAGUUAUUUGCGAAUUUUGGUGUGAUUUCGGACUCAAACACGGUGGAAAAUAGUGUUAUUCGAUAGUGCUCUGAUCGGUGCAAACGGUGGUGGUGGAUUUUACCAGGAAAUCGCGCCAGAUGGCGCAUCAAAAGUGAAUUGAAAAUUUUGCCAAUCUGGCUUGUGCGAUCGGUUUUCCCCCGUUUCGGGUUUCGGUCGGAACAAGAAGUGGUCGAGUGAAGAUAGGAGGAGAGGUCGCGGCAGUAUAAAUAAAGACACAGGGAAGAAAGUGCUCCCGUCCCCGUGCUGAACCAGUGUUGGUGAAUUGUGGGUGGGUUUGGGAGCUGAGAGGGCGCAAGUCCCGCUAGAAUUUCAUUUUUCGUGUUAUUCACUCCGUGAUAAACAUCAACAAGAGCUUGAAAGGAUGUCGGAACGUUACACGCAUCAGCUGCUGAAAGUGGUGGUGGCGCAGAUAUGCCAGACGAUCGGAUGGACCUCGAUCCAGUCGACUCCGAUGGAGCUGAUGAUCGACAUUCUGGACCAGUAUCUGCGGGACAUAACCCGGGUGACGCAUCGUUACGCAGAGCUGUACAACCGGACGGAUCCCAAUUUGGACGAUGUGGCGUUGGCCUACCGGGAGAUGGGAAUGAAUCUGGGCGAACUGCAGGAGUACCUGCAGUUUGUGGAUCCGAUUGAGCGGCCCUUCGAGGUGCCAAAGUAUCCGCUGCCGAAGGAUAGUCAUCUGAAUUUCAUGAAGCCUGGGAGUAAGGAGGUGCUGACCAGACCGGUGCACAUCCCGGAACAUAUGCCUCCGAUGCUGGUGGAUUCGGAGGAAGAGCAGGAAGAGGAAGAACGUCGCCGGCAGAUGCAGAUGCACUUGAUGGCGGAAGCGGCCGAGGCAGAGCAGGAAGAUGUGAAGCCGGAUAUCGGGGAGGUUGUGGAAAAGAUGGAAGAGGUGGGCGCCGAAGAAGUGGCCGUCAUGGAUGCUAGUCAGAGUGAAGAAGUGGUCACGUUCAAGAGGCCUUUGGACGGUCCUGUCGGGGAAGGUGGUGUAUUGGAUAUCAAAAAGCCCAAGUCGCUCUCGGAGGAGAGACGACCUACCAGGGAGAUCAGCAGCGUGAUUAUGACCACGUCGGGUUUUAUAUCACCGGCCCGGGAGGGCAGGCUGCCGGAUUCGAAGCCGCCGGAGAUUCCGGAAGAGAAACCGAAGCCUCCUCCACCGCCACCACCGGCGCCGGUGUCCACUGCUUUACCGGUGGCCAAGAUCGACGAGAAGUUUGGUAAGAAAGCCAAGAAGAAACCGAUUGAGAAGGAGAAGAAGGACAAGAAAGAGAAGAAAGUGGACAAGAAGAAGGACAGCGCGGAUAAGGAGAAGGAAGCGAAGAGCAGACCUGCAACUCCGACGAUUCAACUGAAGGAGCCAUCGGAAGCACCGCCAGCGCCAGUUUCAACAAUAGAAGAGGACAUAAAACUGCUGCCUCUUCCGGUGGAACCUCCUUCGGAACUCCCUAUACCUGUUCCGGAUGUCAAACCUCCAUUACCGUUGCCGAUCGAAGCGGAAAAAACCAAUCGUUCCGCCACCGGUUGUUCCUGUUGCUCCACUUCCAAAGCCGAAGAAGGAGAAAGCACCCAGAAAGAAGAAGCAGCAGGAACCGAAACAGAAGCCUCAGCUGCCUCCGAUGAUACCCAACCUAGGAAUGGAUGUUGGUGCCAUUUUCCCUCCUGGUCAAACGAUUCCUCCUCCUCCGAUGACCUCCCCUUUGAUGAACCAAAUUACGCCGCCAAAACCGCCCAAACCGAAACGUACCAAGCUAACCAAGAAGCAAAUCGAGCGACAGUACAUGGAACAGCUGCAGCAAUUCCAGGGAGGUCCACUCAAUGCACAGAACAUCUUGGACAUGCUCACGCCUCCAGGGAAGAAGCCCCUUCCGGGACUGUUCCAAUCGCCGCUUUUUCCUCCGCAGAAACAGCUUCCUCCACCGCCACUACCCCAGCAGCAGCCCAAAUUUCCGGACAACGUGGCCCAGUCCCAGCUGGACAUGCUGCAAAAGCUCCAUCCGAGUCUGGAAAUUACUCCGGCGCCCGGCCCUUCGACCGUUCCCUCAAUGCAUGCCUCGCCGGAGAAACACAAACUGAACAUCUUCAAAAAGGUGGCCAAGAAGGAAGCUCCUCCCCCGACGGUGCCCUCCAGCCAGGGCCCAAUCAUCGUCAUCGACGACGACAAAAGUCCUCCCCAUCAGCCGCAGUUCCCGACGACGCCCAUGGGCAAAAAGCGAGCCCCCAAAACGUCCACCUCUGGGUUCUCCUUCCAAGACACACUUUCCUCGCCGGACAUGGGCUUCAACAUGAGCAUGACUCCAAGUGAUCACUCCGGUGGGCUGGGCCCAUCCGGAUCGUUCCGGGAGUUUUCCCCACCGAAAACGCCCUCCAACCUGCCCAAGACGCCCGACAUCAAAAUGCCGUCCAGCUCUAGCUCGUCGGCCUCCUGGAUGAGCGAUUCGGGCAAACUUUCCGUCGGACCUGGUCCGCUGUUCGGAGAUUUCCCCAACUUUGGCCUUCCCCCCGCUAAGGAAGAGAAGAAGAAGAAACCCCGACAACCCAAGCAGCCGAAGGAAACGGCAGCCGCCAAGAAAGCCAAAAAUGCUGGUCUUUUGGAAGAGUUGAAACUUCUCCAACAACUCCAUCAGCAGUUCCCUCAGGCGCCUCCCGGUCCGUCACCCAUGGACAAGAAACCCCUGCCUGACGUCUACAACAUGCCCCCAAUGACGCCUGCAUUCCUCGCGUCGCAAAUCCGGAAUCCCGGAAUGUUCGGCAUGUUCCCGCUCCCAUCCGGACCUGGUCUCAUCCCCGAGAACCCACUAUUCAAUCCCUUCAACCCAGCACAAUCAUUCCUUCCCCCGGGAUUCGGAAUGCCCACGCUGCCGCCCCGCUUCGACAUCAGCAAGCUACUCCAAAACCCACGCCCCUCCAAGGCCCCAUCGAUGGAAAGCUUCGACAACCUGGACCCGGAGACCAAGCUGGCUCACACGCCUCUCGAUCUCCAGAAGAGCACUUGCAACGUCGCCCCCUUGGUGCCACCAUCCCUCCAAAUCGACCCCGUCCCACCUCCUCCAACAACCUCCCGCAAAAAGCCCCCCAUCUCCCCGAUCGUCAAAGACCACCUCCCCCAGGAGCACUCCCUCAAUCUCUCCAUCAAAUCCAACGUCAUUCACCAGAACCCCACCGUACCCUCAUCCAUCGUUCCUCAACCCCCGGCAGCUCAUCAACAGCCCAAGUUCCAUCCAGAGCAUCCCACACCCUACCCCAAAGAACCACCCUCCGUCCCCUCAAUGACCACAACCUCAGCGACCACAGUCGUCCCAUCCCAUCAUCCACCACCCACCCCAACCCCCCAAAAUCUCCCCACCCUGGCGGCCGCCUCCCCAACAGUACCCCCCAUCACCCCCGGGGAAACCAUCGUCAUCGAAACGGACUCGGACACCAACAGCCAGUCCACGGUGACCAUGGCGGCAAUGGGCAUUUCGCCGCCCCAAUCAUCCGGCGGUUCGUCCACCACCAAACCCGCCAAGGAUAAGUCGGAAAAGCGCAAAAACAAGGAACACAAAAAGGACAAGAAGCUCAAGGAAGGCAAGGAGGGCAAAAUCAAGAAGAAGAAAGACAAGAAGGACAAGAACAAGAGCAAGGACCGGGACCGGGAGCGACCCAAGUCAUCCCACUCAAUGAACCAGGACCUCUCCGACGGACCCAUAGAACAAUCGUUCUCGGCCGUCGCCGUCGCUGGAGCCCUGCCUGACGACCCCAUGCUGCAGGAACAGAUCCGCCGCAAGGAGAAAAAGGAAAAGAAGAAGGAGAAACUCAAAAAGGAGAAGCGGAAAGAGAAGGAGCGGGCGGCCGCAGCUGCAAUGGAGUCAUCCUUCUCCGAUCCACGAAGUUCGUUCAAUCUGUCCGGUUCGGCAAAUGUGGAUCUCUUCCCUUCGGUAUCGGCCACGACAAUUCCGCCAGAUCACCGCAACAGCCCCGAAGUCCCUGGAGCCACCUCGGUGCCGAAGUUGAUGCUCAAACUCGGCUCUACCAGCACGCCAUCGCCCCGCGCUGCCACUCCGGAUCACACUCCGCACCAGCAGCCAGAGCCAGCCAACAAACCACCGCCCGAAGUCAAGCGCGAAGCAUCACCGGAACUGGCCCGGAUAUCCGCUCUGUUCACGCGACCGCCCAAACUCAAAACCCCCGGCAGCAAGGGCAAAAGCAAAGACGACGACUCCGGCAAGGCCCCGAAGCUGUCCGUCGACCACUCGAGCAAAGCCGCCGGCAAGCUGGACUUUACCGGCACAGAUCAACCGGCGAAACCGCGACCCCGUGGCAUUCAAGCCCUCCCGGACACGAUCGACCUAUUCUCCGUCACUCCGACCCCAUCCCAUCCAACGCUACCAAAAGCAGCCACCGCGACCCCGUCCGCUUCAACUUCAUCAGAUCAUCCGACGCCGCAUUCCUCCAAGAAGCCCCCGAAGGAACCGAAGUCGUCCAAAUCGACGUCGGCUUCGGCCAGUCUGGGCGUGACCAUUCCCGCCCCGAAAGACACGCCCAUCAAUGUGCAGGACGCCGAUGGCAACGUGGUGUGGAUUUGCCCGGCGUGUGGCCGCGUCGACGACGGAACGCCGAUGAUCGGUUGCGAUGGGUGCGACGCGUGGUACCAUUGGGUGUGCGUUGGCAUCCAGGUGCCACCGGAUUCCAACGAGGACUGGUACUGCCGGGUUUGCAUCGGCAAGAAGCAGGAAUCGCACGGCGACGAGAAGCAGAGGAAGCGGAAGAAGAAGGACAAGAAGAAUCCUAAGGAUUAGAAUGGGGGAGACAACUAGGGCUGGAUUGUGUUCAAGAGUUUAACUGUUAUAGUAACUGGGUGUUGUGAACAGCACACGCCCUGUGGGGUGUGCGAUAGUGUGUAGUGUUGUAAUGUAGAUUGUUAGCAUUGAUUGAUGAAAUUGAUGUACGACACGUGUAACCGUUGAGGUUCGUAGCAUUAAUAUAGUUAUUGUAAAUUACACGUUUUCGAACAAUCAAUAAACCAUAAUUAGUUGUGACUAUAA